CACCAGUAGUCUUCUCAAGUCCAAACCACGGAACGGGAAUCUCACAAAAUUCACUCCUUUCUUUCCUAACAGAAAAACCACCGCGAAUACGAGAUCAGCACAGCUGAAACAAGCCCUAACCCUAAUCCUAACCCUGGUUUCUUCAUCGCAACACUUGAAUGGCUAGCGAGACGCUGCUGGAAUCUCGCCACAGUAAGCACCGACGAUCGUCCGACGAUGAAGACACCGAUAAAUCCUCAAAACGACACAAGCACCGCCACCACAAGCAUCACAAGCACCAUCGCCGCCAUAGUCGUAGCAAAAAAAACGAAGACGACGCUCAACGGUGUCGUAAAGAUACUGCUUCUCCUCCGUCGCUCCCCGUUGGCGAUUCUAAACCCGACGAUGACGUGGAAGAGGGAGAGAUUCUCGAAGAGCAAAGUUUCGCUGAGUCUUUAGAGAAGAAAUGGGAGUCUGAUGCCGAGUCUGGAGAAAUCAAAGCCGAUGAUUUUUGCAACAGUAAUCUGCUAGUUGGUGAUGAUAAUCAUCCUGUUGAUGAGCAUGUGGGAAACAAUUCUAAAACUUCAAAGAUUUCAGGUGGUGAUAGGGCUGAGGGUUUGGUGACUCACCCUUGUGUAGGUGAUAAGAGUGAUGUAGAGGUUACAUUGCUGACAACUUGUAAUGUGGAUCCUCAAAAUCAUACAGUUCCUAUAAUUGUUAGAGGGGAUCAAGUCAAUGGAGAUUUAGGUUGCAGAUUUCGUAGGGAGGAUGAGAAGGGGCAGAGGGAGUCUGGGUCUCCUUCAAAAAGAAGUGGCAAAAGAAAGGGUUACAAUGGUGUUGAUGGCAUGGACUUGGAUGAAAGCCAAUCAAGCAAAAGGAGAAACUCAUUGUCUUCUGAAGGGUCUGGUAAAAAAUACGAGAUCUCAGCUCAUUUGCUGUCCAGCAGCCAUCAUGGUGAGGUUGAUUGUAGGAAUAGAUCAAGAUCAUGUGAACUUGAGAAGACAAGAUCUCGAUCCCAAAGCUUAGUGGAAGAUGAGGGCUUUUUGGAGAGGAAGUAUCAUUAUGAACGAGGAGCCAGUAGGGAUGGUAGGCAUGGUAGUGUGGAGUUGGUGAGGGACAAAGCAAGGCAAAAUAAUUCUAAUUAUAGAAGAUAUGUUGAAGAGGAUGACAUUCAUAGUAAGGAGAUGUAUGAUAGAGAGAGGAGUAGGGAAAGGGAGAUAGAAAAAGACAAG